AUGUGGCAAUGCUAGGGUGCGGACCCACCUGAGGAUGGCGUGCUGGUGUGCGGACUCUACCUGAACGGCGCCAGCUGGGACCCAGAGUCCCAGACACUGCAGGAGGUCCUGCCCGAACUCCAGAACUGCCCCAUGCCCGAGAUCCACUUCCUGCCCUGCCAGAGACCUGACGACACACCACCCCAUCGGCCCAAGCCAGGGGAGCAGCUGAGGGCGGCCAGUGAGGGGGAGCUCUUCUCCUACGAGUGCCCCCUCUACUGCACCUCCAAGCGCACCGGCAACCUGUUCUCCACAGGCCUCUCCAGCAACUUCAUCACAGCCAUGUCCCUGCCCACCUCCUUGCCCCCCGUACACUGGGUCUUCAGGGGCACCGCCAUGCUGUGCCAGCAGGACGAGUGAGCUCCGAGAUACCCCGCACAAUACUUUAAACUAAACAAAACAAAUGAGUUGAACAAACACACAACCUAGUUUUUAAAUGCAGUUAAUAAAUGAUAUGCAGGUCAAGGUGUUUUAGAAAAAUUAUAAUGCUUUUUCAGGUUGUAGAGCAAAGCCAUGGUUUUAAUAGUAGAUAGGUCAGAAUGUGUACGUUCUUCCAUGUAUGCUUUAUCUGAGUCCGAUUCGGCAUCAUCGUCAUCAUCAUCGUCUCGUAAGCGCCACAUCUUGCAUUGAAACGUAGAAGGAUGGUUCAGACCACAUCACUCAGACAGCCAGGUGCAGAUUCCCGCAGGCUGGUAUGCUCCGUACUGGACUGAGUAAAUGGAUUCCACUCAUUAGGUCUACUUCUUAGGUGGAGAUCAUCAACAAAGGUG